AUGGAGGGCGCGAUGGCAGUGCGGGUGACGGCCGCGCAUACGGCAGAAGCCCGGGCCGAAGCCGGGCGGGAAGCGGGCGAGGGCGGGGUCGCGGCGGCGGCGGCCUUGGCCCCUGGUGGCUUUCUCGGCCUCCCGGCGCCCUUCAGCGAGGAAGAUGAGGAUGACGUACACAGAUGCGGCCGCUGCCAGGCAGAGUUCACCGCCCUGGAGAACUUCGUUCAGCACAAGCUCCAGAAGGCCUGCCAGCGGGCGCCUCAGGAGGCCCUGCCCGCCACCCCGGCGGCUGCGCUGCUGGGUCGGGAGGUGGCGCCAGGAGCGGCCGGCUCAGAGGAGCCCAUCACCGUGGCCCACAUCGUGGUGGAGGCAGCCACACUCGCAGGAGACAUCAACCACUCGCCUGACAUAGUUGGAGGCGGACACAUCAAAGAGGUCAUCGUGGCCUCAGAGGCGGAGCCGGGGGACAGUGAGGUGGCCGAGGGCCCAGGCAGCCCCAGCCGGCGGGGGCCCGGGAUCGCUGCGGAGGGCGAGCAGACCCAGGUCAAACUGCUGGUGAACAAGGAUGGCCGCUACGUGUGCAUGCUUUGCCACAAGACCUUCAAGACGGGCAGUAUCCUCAAGGCCCACAUGAUCACGCACAGCAGCCGCAAGGACCACGAAUGCAAACUGUGUGGGGCCUCCUUCCGGACCAAAGGCUCGCUCAUCCGGCAUCACCGGAGGCACACAGACGAGCGCCCCUAUAAGUGUGCCAAGUGUGGGAAGAGCUUCCGGGAGUCGGGGGCACUGACCCGGCACCUGAAGUCUCUCACCCCGUGUACAGAGAAAAUCCGCUUCAGCAUGAGCAAAGACGUGGUCGUCGGCAAAGAGGACGUGCCCGCAGGGUCCGGUGCCUCCACUGUGGGGGCUGUCACCCCGUCGUCGGUGGCAGGUGAGCCCAUGGAGACGUCGCCGGUGAUUCACCUGGUGACAGAUGCCAAGGGCACCGUCAUCCAUGAAGUCCACGUCCAGAUGCAAGAGCUUCCCCUGGGCAUGAAGGCCCUCGCCCCGGAGCCCACCGGCCCCCAGGAGCUUCCCUGCUCCAGUGAGGGUGGCCGAGAGAACCUUCUGCACCAAGCCAUGCAGAACUCCGGCAUUGUCCUCGAGCGGGCCCCAGGGGAGGAGGGGACCUUGGGGCCAGCCACCCCCACCGUGUCCAAUCCCCAGUCGCCAGGAGACGCUGCCCCGGAACUGCCGCUGCUAGAGGUGGAGCAGGCGGAGACACAGGUGGCUGGCGAGGCCUUGUCUGUGCCCAGGACCCACCCGUGCCCUCAGUGCAGUGAGACCUUCCCAACGGCAGCCACCUUGGAGGCCCACAAAAGAGGCCAUGCAGGGCCGAGGCCCUUCAUGUGCCCGCAGUGUGGCAAGGCCUUCCCCAAGGCCUACCUGCUCAAGAAGCACCAGGAGGUCCACGUGCACGAGCGCCGCUUCCGCUGUGGCGACUGCGGGAAGCUCUACAAGACCAUCGCCCACGUCCGUGGCCACCGGCGCGUCCACUCAGAUGAGCGGCCCUAUCCCUGUCCUGAGUGCGGCAAGCGCUACAAGACCAAGAAUGCCCAGCAGGUGCAUUUCCGGACACACCUGGAGGAGAAGCCGCAUGUGUGCCCGUUCUGCAGCCGCGGCUUCCGGGAGAAGGGCUCGCUGGUGCGGCACGUGCGGCACCACACAGGCGAGAAGCCUUUCAAGUGCUACAAGUGUGGCCGUGGCUUCGCCGAGCAUGGCACGCUCAACCGGCACCUGCGGACCAAAGGGGGCUGCCUGCUAGAGGUGGAGGAGCUGCUGGUGUCCGAGGAGAGCCCCACUGCGGCCGCCGCCGUCCUGACCGACGACCCACACACUGUGUUGGUUGAGUUCUCAUCCGUGGUAGCCGACACGCAGGAGUACAUCAUUGAGGCCACCGCAGAUGAUGCAGAGACCAGCGAAGCCACAGAGAUCAUCGAGGGCACCCAGACGGAGGUGGACAGUCACAUCAUGAAGGUGGUGCAGCAGAUAGUGCACCAGGCCAGCGCUGGGCACCAGAUCAUUGUGCAGAACGUGACCAUGGACCAGGAGGCGCGGCUGGGCCCGGAGGCGGCCGCCGCCGACACCAUCACCAUCGCCACCCCCGAAAGCCUGACGGAGCAGGUGGCCAUGACGCUGGCCUCGGCCAUCAGCGAGGGCACUGUGCUCACGGCCCGCUCGGGCACCAGUGGCGCCGAGCAGGCCACUGUGACCAUGGUUUCGUCCGAGGACAUUGAGAUCCUGGAGCAUGCUGGCGAGCUAGUUAUCGCCUCCCCGGAGGGCCAGCUUGAGGUGCAGACGGUCAUUGUCUAAGCACGGGCACCUGCAGGGGCUGGCGGGCCGGUCUGGGGCAGGAGCUGAGGACCUUGGGUUCCCUGCCCGUACUUGCCUGGCUGAGUACAGGCAAGAGGGGCUUAGAACUCAAGACUUUGAGAGGCGAUGCGGGAGUGUAAAUAGAG